AUGGAUAUAGUUGAACAAGAAAAUCAGAGUCUCAGGGAGGAGGUUGCCACUUUACGAGAGGGAAUGGAUAGGUUGACGACUAUGAUGAGUGCACUCCUAUCCGCCCAGAACUCUCAAGCUGCCGCCGCUGCUGUAGAGCAGCCUUUGGUGAGCACAACCCCGCUAUCUACAGUGACUUCUCCACCCCUCUUUUUGCCUCCAGGUUGUACAUGGGGAAUGCCACCUCCAGUCUGUGGAAGCCCCCAGCCCGCUGUAUCUGAAGUUCCACCUCCUUUUGCUCAGCAGUCAGCACCAGUUCCGCAACCCAGUACCUCUUUCCCUCAAGCUGCAAUGACUUAUUCAGCUCCACUGAUUCACACUAUUCAACAAGAGGUUGAACCAAUUUUCCAAGCUGAAAAUGUUGUAGCCUUCGACAAGAUGGAAGAACUCCAAGAAAGAUUUGAUGGUAUGCAAAGGGAAGUCGAAGCCCUCCGAGGAAGAGAUCUGUUCGGAAAGGACGCCUGUGAAUUAUGCUUGGUCCCAAACGUUACUAUCCCUCACAAGUUCAAGGUGCCAGACUUCGAGAAGUAUAAAGGGAACUCUUGUCCCCGCAGUCACUUGGUGAUGUACGCGCGGAAAAUGUCCAUGUAUACUGACAAUCAUAAGCUGCUUAUUCAUUUCUUUCAGGACAGCCUGACUGGGGCCGCUCUGAAAUGGUAUAUGAAUUUGGACAGUGCGAGCAUUCGUACUUUCAAUGACCUGGGUGAAGCGUUCAUCCGGCAGUAUAAGUACAAUCUGGACAUGGCCCCAGAUCGUGAUCAGCUCCGUGCGAUGACACAAAAAAAGAAGGAAACGUUCAAGGAGUAUGCCCAGCGUUGGAGGGAAGUGGCUGCCCAGAUUAUCCCGCCGUUGGAAGAAAAGGAAAUGACCAAAAUAUUUCUGAAGACCCUGAGCCAGUUUUAUUACGAGAAAAUGGUUGCAAGUGCACCAACAGACUUCACCGAAAUGGUCAACAUGGGGGUGCGAUUAGAGGAAGGUGUCCGAGAGGGACGUUUGACCGGGGAAAGUGCCCCUGCCGCAAGUAAUGCCAAGAAGUUUGGAGGCCACUUUGCGAAGAAGAAAGAUCAAGAGGUGGGAAUGGUAGCUCAUGGUAAGCCUCAGCAGAAUUUCACCCCAUAUCGUCAGGUUGCGAAUGUCGCAUCCACUAUUCCAAACCCAUCAUAUCACCAACAAAGGCCACAUUACCCCUACCAAUACCCUCCACAACAAUACCCUCCACAACAAUACCCUCCACAACAAUACCCUCCACAACAAUACCCUCCACAGCAAUACCAUCAGCCACAAUACCCUCAAAAACAACAAAAUCGCCCGCAAACCCCCAACAGCCAUAUCACUCACAAAACCGCCAGAAAACAACCUUUGAUCCAAUCCCAAUGA